CAUGCUGAAUGCGCCUCCUGUAUAAACCGGUGCUACGCCCCAACCAGGAUGAUUUUCAGGCGGACACCAUGCCAAAUGAAGAAACCAAUAUCUAAAAGAAGUAGAUUUGUUGAUUUAGCACCCUGAUGGGGGGGGGCUUGGCAUUCCUUGACUCCCCCCACUGACAUACGAAUGGUCGGGAGGCUUCAUAAUGAAUGCACAGUAUGGAAUUUAUUCAGAAUAUAUUCAGACCUUGGUAUUGAAAAGGCAAUUGUUGGGUACGGAAGCUGCAAUACGGUUUUAAGGACAAAAUAAACCAUAUGGAAGUUUAAGAACAAGUUUAAGCAUGAAAGAAGAAAAAUGGGCAACAAGGCAGGUUGCGAAGCUUGUCUUAAUCCUGGUGUUCGUGGAUCGUAUUCAAGGAGAAUUUGAAGAUUGCUUCGAUUCGCUAGGUUUGACAUCCGGGGAUAUCCACGACAACAACCUAACUGCGUCAUCCACGCUCCCGCCCCAGGCCUCACACGGUCCACAACACGCAAGGCUUCACAAUAAGCAUGCGUGGUGUGCCGCUAAUGAUACCGCUGGCCAGUUCAUACAGAUAGACCUCGAAGAAGUAAAAAUGCUCUCAUCUGUCCUCAUUCAAGGAGAUGCCCGGAAGGACUACUUCGUGACGUCACUUUAUUUGGCUUAUGGGAUAACUGCUGAUCACUGGCUCAACUACACUGAAAACAGCACCACUCGAAUUUUCAAAGGGAACAGUGAUCGUGAAUCAAUAAAAAAGCUUCACCUGAAAACGAAGAUUGCCGUGCGAAGACUCAGGAUCUACCCUGUCACGUGGUUUGGUCACGCGUGCCUAAGGCUGGAAUUAAAGGGCUGUGACGCAGACCCCUUGACUCCUCUUGGUAUGUACAGCCACGACAUACCCGAUAGUUCAGUGAGUGCAUCUUCAAAGUACAGCUCCCAGUAUCCUGCACACGAAGCCCGUCUUCUCCACGGUGGAGGUAACCAAUAUGCAGAACAUUAUGGCUGGAUAGCUGCCACCAGUGACCAGAAGCCUUGGCUGAAAAUAGUUAUAAAUCUGGGGCCUGUCUUUGUCACGGCUAUCGCGACACAAGGAAGGAUGGAAAAACCUCACUGGGUUAAGUCAUACCAACUUGAUUAUGAACACAUGAACAGCACAAUGAUCGAAUACAGAGAAAGUGGUGUGGCCAAGAUCUUUUCUGGGAAUUUUGACUACGAAACUGUAAUAACGCACCACCUAUCGCCAGCUAUCUACACGAGGACUGUACGCUUCCUUCCAAAGUCUUGGGAAACGUUCGCGACAAUGCGAGUGGAAAUGUACACCUACGGGAAAUAUUCACCAACAGACCUGGGGAUUGCCAGUGGAGAACUCCCUGAUAGCCAGAUAACAGCCUCGUCUUACACAGAAAGAACACCACCUUGGGAAGGCCGUCUAUUUUUUCAGAGGGAUUUGUUAUCCUGGUGCAAUACGUUAAGCCUGGAUCGCCAACCGUGGUUGGAGUUUAACAUGAGCCACGUCAUGCUGAUAACAGCCGUUGCCGUGCAACCGCGUGGUUAUUUCCUGCCCCGCUAUGUCAAGACCUUUCAAGUGAUGUAUUAUCAGAAUGGCCAAAUGAUCACAUAUAAAGACAAAGGAAAAUCAGUGCCAAGAACAUUUACUGGAAAUUCAAACGGCUUGGAUCAGGUGGUCACAUCAGAGCUUGACAGGCCUAUUGUCGCUUCCGCCGUACGACUUGUCUUCCUCACUGUCUAUGCGCACAAUGAUAUUUUUUGCGCCAGAGCUGGAGUCAUUGGACACAGAAAAAAGACUGUUUGUCCUCCAGGAUGGCUUCCAUUUACAGAAAACUGCUAUUUCUUUAGCGUGAACAAAGGAGCAUUGCUCGACAAAGAUGGAGCUCGAGUGAAAUGCUAUGAGAAAGGUGCGAACCUGACAGAUAUAACAGACGCACAGGAGCUAAAAGCGCUUAGUGGCAAUCUGAGGAUCGACACCAGGUAUUUUAUUGGAGCGGAUGAUAACAAAACUGAAGGAGAGUAUCGCUGGGAGGAUGGACGCAUUGCAGAGCUUCAAGGCUUCUGGCGAGAUGGUGAACCUAUUGAGAGCUCUGAUAGGAACUGUGUAGUGUUGAUGGAGGGAAAGCUGGAAGUCUAUUCUUGCGCUAUACCGUUAGCAGGGCAUAUUUGCAAGAGAAAAGCGGAUGGUGGAUAUUUUGGCACUCCGAUUAUAUUGCCGAGUCUUCCUGAUGUUGAAGUCGAGAAAGGUAAAUCAAUCAGGUUGCAGUGCGAGGCCACCGGUGACGCGGUCAUCUACAUCGCUUGGUUACACAACAACACUCUAGUCCAGAAUCGGACGAAAGACACUGCGCUUGUGUUUGACAAAGUACCGCUGACCGCUAAAGGAAGUUGGAAAUGCGUCGCGUCAAACCAUCUUGGCCAAGACACUAAAUCAUUCUACCUCCACGUAACUAACCCUGUGCAACCUCAGGGUGAUCAGAUAUUCAUGAAGCAUCAGCAACCCUCGGUUCUCCCUCAAGAUCACGUGAUCUAUACAAUGCUGGAGGCCGACACUCUGGACUGCUUGACACAAUGCUUAGGCCGAACAGCAUGCCGGUCGUUCAGCUACAGCCCGACCGAGGCUAUGUGUAUUUUAUUCUCCACCAGUCACGUGACCGCGAACUUGGAGUAUCGGGAGGGAUUCCAGUAUUUCUUUCUGUCUGACCUGGUGGUAGUUGAUCACUUCAGUGGUCUUCAGUGAUCAAAUGAUUCCGCUUUCUGCCAGGUGAUUUGGGUAAUCUGCUCGGGUAAUAUGUCGGGAGGGGAUGGGGAGAGCAAGUCGGAGACAGAACAUUUCAAUGUCCCUCAGAAAAUAAUCACGAUUAAAUAAAUCAGCAUCUCAAAAAAAAAUCCUGGCAUUAUGAAGCAUAUACCAGCUCGCCACCUCCUAAAAAUGAAUUUUGGGCACUCUUAAAGUACCAAGUUUUUGCAGUAAUUAGUUUUUGCAAAGAUAAUUUAUAAGAUAGCAAAAUACUUCUUAUGUUGCCAUCCUGUCGUAUUUGACGAUUUCUUCUGCCCCUAUAUGCGCUCUUCAGUCAUUUAUUUAUUUCCCUUAAAUGACGGACAGCUGUUGUUCAUUUCCCGUCCCAGAUUUGUACAAUUUACAUCUUUAGGUUUUUGUACAGGUCAGGCGCGUAUACAGGGGAUGGGGGGGGGGGGAUGGGGGGGGGGGACAGGGUGCACGCGCACCCCUCUCCUCUUGGCGGCAAAAAGUGGGUACUUUUUUAAGGAAUCUUCAAGUACUAUGCUUUUUUUCCAUGAUACCUAUGACUACGCAUCCCCCCACCCCCACACCCCUCCGCCAAUCCUGGGCACGCACCCGCACUUCAGAUUCUUAUUAUCGUUAUUAACCCUCUUCGCCCUAAAAAGUGGGAGGUUUUAAACCAAAUCCAUUGAAUUAGCUAUAGCAAAUUGAGUACAAUUUUGUCUGCACAUAUUACUAUCAUAAGGAAUAUUACGGGAAAUUCCACCAAUUUUAUGUAGAAUAAAAGUGUUAACAAGUCAAUAUCACUGUGUACUAAUAAAACAGAUUAAAAUGAUAAAUUUCACUA